AUCUCGUGUGUCAAAUACCACGUGUUUAUCUUGCCCGUUACACAGGUACUCUUUAAACCGCCACUUGAAAUAAACAGAAAAAUUACAAGACGCGAAGGACUACAGGUGGCGUGAUGAUGACUGCGCCGUGACAAGUGAUUCAAGAUGAUGCUAAUUUAAGGAAAUGCGUGAGACAUGGCUCUUCGGUGCUCAGAAGCAGCCACUCCCAGUGCCCCAUGGACAAAGCUAAAGGAUCUCAUCACAUAAAGAAGCAAUCAAUUUUAGGGGAAAUGGCACUGGCGUUGUCGACUAGAUUACGCCUGAGACGAUCCAGUCCCUUCCUCUGGGGUCUUGGAUUCUGCCUCGUCUGCUUCUUCUUUAUUGCUAUGCCUUCUUUCAACUCAGGUCAGCAGCGGUGCGACUGCCAUGGAAGCCACAAUGUGCCAAGAGUGGUGGACAGUCUCCCCAGCGCGCCCGACGGAUACAAGGCCAAUCCGCUGGACAAACACAACAUGGCCAUCCUCAUACCCUUUAGGGACCGGUUUGAAGAGCUUAUGGAGUUUGUGCCUCAUCUCCACAAUUUCCUAAAAUUGCAACGCAAAAAUCACCAUAUUUAUGUUAUAAAUCAGGUGGACAAUCUUCGCUUUAACAGAGCUUCACUGCUGAACAUAGGCUUCAAGGAGUCCAUGGACGCCUGCGACUACAUUGCCAUGCAUGACGUGGACUUGCUGCCCAUGAACUCUGCCCUCACCUACGAGUACCCGGAGGAAGGCCCCUAUCAUGUUGCGGCUCCACACCUGCACCCCAGAUACCACUACCCAACCUUCAUUGGGGGGAUCUUGCUCGUCAACAGGGAACAUUUCCGACUGGUGGACGGCCUGAGCAACAAGUACUGGGGUUGGGGGCUGGAAGAUGACGAGUUCUACGCCAGGCUGAAGGAGGCCAAGCUUACCGUCCGUCGCCCAGGGAAUCUCACCACAGGGACCAAAGACACAUUCAGGCACAUUCAUGACAGACGCGUCCGAAGACGUGACAUGAUCAAGUGCUACAACCAGCAGGAGGUGACGCGGCGCAGAGACCGUCAGACUGGCCUGUCAACCAUCCGUUACCACAUCCAGAGCAGAAAGGAGAUGACGAUAGAAGGUGCUCCACUCACUAUCCUCAAUGUCAUCCUAGAGUGCGACCGCAACAUAACCCCCUGGUGUGACUGCACAGAAAACGUAGGCAACACGAAGCCAUUACACAAAGCAGAGAAUAAAGAGGAUGUGAUCGUGCCCAAACUGGACCGGAAAAAGCACAUCAGUCAUGACGGAUAGGGCUGGAGGACGGGGGACGGGAAGGGAAGGGAAGGGAAGGGGGAGAAAAGGAAGCAUUAGGGCACUUGUUUCAGUAGGUUUGGUAGGCUUCAGCAGUCGUCAUUGUUUAGGACCACAUCCAGGAAUCAUUAAAGUCAGCCUUUCACUUCAUUCAGCGUCAUAUAUGUCAGCCUUCAUAGAACGACAUCUGGGGAAGGAGUCGGCCAUUUUCCUUGAUCAUAUGUAAAGGUUGUUGCAAUAUGUAGUGAGUAGAUUUAUUUUAUUAUGUAGCUGUAUUGUACAUUUAUUUUUAUUUGUUACAGAUGUCCUUUAGUUGUGUAUAUGGCAGGAGUUUGAAAAGAUUGUAUUUGAAAAGAUUUUAUGAUAAAGAGAGGACCUACUUGACCUUGUGCAGAAUCUAGGAUUGUUUACCUGUAUACAGGUAAACAGAAUAAAGGAAUGAGAAUAGAAUGACAUUUCCAACAGUCCUAGUGCUGGAAAAGACGAAAUUGGAACUGUUGCCAUAUUUUGACUCCUAGUCUACCAAGAUUAUUGCACCCAGUGGUUUGUUGCCUGAACUAGUGAGAAAGCUUUUUUUUUUGCAUCCACAUACUUGAACGUGAAUUUGUGGGUUAGAGCGAGUGGAAGAUUUCAGCAUGCAUGCAAGAUCUCUUAUAUGAAAAAAGAUGGUUGAUAUUUGUGUUCCAUAUACCCCUUGAGAGAUUAUAUCCUGCCACUUUCAUGGUUAUCAGUUGUCAUGAAAAGUUCAUUUUUCUUUACGUUUGUACUUCUAAAUAGGUAUAUACUUUUGUUGAUCACGCAUAGCCAUGAUACUGAGGGGGUUAGCAUUUGAACUUCCCAAUUAUCAGAUUAACCCUCAACACCAAAUGAACUUUCCUGACGUCAGAUUAACAUUCCAUUCGUCAGAUUUACUCUCCAGACAUCUCAUUACCUAUGCUGUCGUCAAGUUAAGAUAUAUAUAGCAUGUCAUUUUUGUCAGUCUAAAACUUACGGUGUAUAAGUCUCAGAUGAACAUACAUCAUUUCAUGUCAUUUCCCUCUCAUAUUCCUCAUUUUCCAUCAAGUAUCUUUUUCAGAUCUCUGAUUAUUUUGGUCUUACACCUGCAUGUGCAGAUAGUUUUCUGAUGAUAAUUCCCCCAGAAAUACAUAUGUAAUAUUGGCAGUUUAUGAGCACUGAUCUUACUGUAGGCUUGUGCAGCCGAACUAUAUGUACUUCAGUGCUGGGUUCAUUCCUUCAGCUUGCAUUCACAUUAUGAUGAAUGAUGUUGAGCUCCCAGGGAUUUUAUUCUAGUGCUGAAAACAUGUGGACAUCUACAGAUACAUUACUAUGUGAAUGAAUUAUCAGGUGAUCAAUUUUUGGAGGAUAUAGGCUUGUAUGGUACAUGUAUGAUUUACCUUUUUCUUUUUGUUUGUGUAUGUGCGAGUGUAAGUGUGAGUGCAUGUGACAGUGUGCACAUGCAUGAGCAUUUAUCCGUUUGUAUCUGUUUGCAUGUGUUAUAUAUAUAUAUAUAUAUACAUUUUUUUUUCCUUUUAUAAAAAAAAAAAAAUAAUGAACUGUCACUGUAGUUUGCUAUGUGGGAUGAGGUUAUCCUUUUCUCUGUUUCAUAAAACAAAAAUAGCAAGAGGUUUGUCGUUUGUUGUAGAACAAAUGCAGAAUGAAGAAUGAUACAGGUAUUGUCUGGUCUAACACAAGCUUCACUUUUCUUGUGAUUCAUGGUCUUCUGCGGCUUUGUGUUGCCAUUUCUUUUUUUCUUCUUUUUUUUUUCUUUUUUUUUAUAAGAAACCAAUUUUGAUGUUAGUAGUCUGCUUGUUCAGUGAUAGUGUCUGACCUUUGACCAUGGUUAGUGUACAUAGGAUUUGGAACGAGUCCUCUUUGUAACUGUCUGUACAGGCGUGAAUGUGCAAGUUACAGUGGUAUUGUUCCUGAACUUUUUAUGACAUGUAGGUAAGUUUAUGUCUGAUAGUUGAUACCCAUUGAUUGAUUCCUUUUCUUAUUUGGGAUGAAAAAGUAUAAAGUUCAUAUCUCUGCACCAAGCCAGUGCUCUAUAGGAUAUAAAGAAUGAUUUAGCUCUUAAAGGGACUUCAUAGGAAAAAUAAUUCUUCAUUGUUGAGAGGUGAAAGUUAUAACUGGAAAAGAUCUUUAAAAUUCAGUCGCUAUAUUUGCUUCCUUGUUGGUGAAUAGGAAAUACAAGAUGAAUGAGCUUACAUUACAUGAACUAACAUUUCAUUAUUGAAAUUCAACAAAAUCGCACCAUUUAUAAACAGACAAAUUCAAUGUUGCAAAGGUGGUUUUUUCCCCUUGGCAGUUGACUUUUAUUUUGUUGCUAUGAAUAACAGAUUACUAGAAAUGUGUAUAUUGUCAUAUACAAGACCUAGUGUAGUGUAUUGCAAAUUAUUAAAAAGGGGAAUGUGAAGGCAAUGUAGUUAGUAGGUUUUGUUUUGUAUUUUUUCUUCAAAUAUAUAGAGGAACGUUGAUACUUACUUAAAAAAAAUGAUAAAAUGCACGAAAUAGCCCAUUUAGAUGUUAAGUGUCAUCCACUUCUAGGAUAUGUUUAUUAAGAAGAGAUUUGAACAGAAGACCCAGGAUUGGUAUUGCACAAAGAAAUGCAUUUAAUUACAUUACAGAUAUGAUACAAGUCUAACAAACGUUUUCAUUGAAUUCUGUGGCCUGUAGCUUAAACUUUUGAGUGCCAUAGCAGUUUCAAGAUCUUUCUCACUGGCCAGUUCUAACAGUGCACUAGACCUAAUACACCCAUCACCUUAGGCUAAACAGUGGCAUGGAAGGAUUGUUGAUCCGGGGAGAUUUCUAAUUAUUUUUACAUGUUCUGUCAUCUCCCAUAAGGGAUAAAGUCCAGCCACUCCCAUUAUUUGAAAGCACUGAGGCUGCAUUCUCGCAUUUUAUUCUUAGCCCCCCCCCCCAAAUAAAAAGAGUUUAUUACUGUUAUAGUUGUCUUUAAGCUUUUAAAAAAAUCAGUAUAAGAUAUUUUCCAGCACAUAUGACUGAGUAUGUUGUAGCUUUAAGGAAAUUUGGUAACCAUUUCUUUUUAUUAUUCUGAAGUUAAGGAAUAUUGAUGAAUGAUGUCAAAUAUUUCAUAGGACACUUUAGGAUGUAAAGAAAGCACUGUUUGAUAUAAAGCAACAAAAUGUGAAUGGACAUUGUACAGUGGUGUAACAGACCAGUGUAUAAAAAGGAAAUGGUUGUAUACAGCACAGUCUCAGCAAAGGACAGUGUUCCCUUCUUAGAAAAGCAAGUUCCUUAGUUAUAGGAGACCAUUUUAGAAGUCUUGGAUGUAUAUUUGAAAUUUAUCCUCUCCCUUAUGUGUGCUGUAUGUAAUUAUUUCUCAGUCAGAAUUUGCAGUGCAGUUUCUCAUUAAUGCUUCCCUUUUACUCCUGCUUGAUAAUAAUGGAUAGCGGUUCAUGAACUAAUUAACAGUAUUGACAUUAAUUAUCAAUUAUUUUCUUGUACAUAUUAUUUAUCCAAGUAUUAUGAAUUUAAUCGAUAGACUUUUACUUUCAUUGUGAGACUACUAAUGAUAAAAGUACAAGGCGGGAGUGCACAGGCGUCUCUCCUUCCGAUCACUUUGAUUAAUUAAUAGCAGGCGAUUCUAUGUGCAGGUUUCUAGAUUAAUGACUGUAAUUCAGAUAUGUAGCAAUUGGUAGUCACUCUGGGCAGAAAUAUGUAAGGUAUUGUCAGGAAGGCAAGAAAAUUCUUCAGGCAUAUGAUGGAGUUUCAGUAUUUUUAGAUUUUUACUGAUGUUUAUUUGUUAGGAAAAAGGAAGUUCCUUCCAUAAUUAACAGUGUUUAUGAUUUAUUGAUAAUGUGUACUGAAAUGUAUUUGUCAGUAAGGAAAAUGAAAGCCCUGCAGACAAAUGAGAAUACAUUUACAGUUUAUGCACGAUGUAUUUUGAAGUGUAAUUGUCAUGAAAGAAUAUUUUAUAACUGCAGUUUAUGAGACCGAGGACACAUGGCAGAAAGAGCACCCUACAUGCACAUGUAUGUGUACACUUGCCCACCCACACACACAGACACACACACACACACACACACACACACAGACACACACACACACACACAGACACACACACACACACACAGACACACACACACACACACAGACACACACACACACACACACACACACACACACAGACAGACACACACACACACACACACACACACACACACACACACACACACACACACACACACACACACAGACACACAGACACACACACACACACACACAGACACACACAGACACACACAGACACACACAGACACACACACACAGACACACACACAGUUAUCUUUCAACUAUUAACCUGGCUAAUAACUCAGGAUAUGUUUUGUUAUGAAAUCAACUCUUGGCCAUCUGUCAUUGUUGUUGUUAUCAUUAUUAUUUAAAGUGUUUGAAGAAAAGGUGCUUCUUUCCUGUGUUUCCUGAAUGAACUUGCCAAAGGAAUA